AUGACAGUGACAAGACCUUAUGAAACCCUUUUGAACUUUACCCCAUCCAUGGCUGUCACUUAUAUCCACCAUUCUCCUCCUCCUCAGGAGGAGAACACUUCCAAAACCACCACCUUCACUGUUUCAGAAAAAGAUCAAGAAGCUCUUGGUGCAACCAGCCAAAAGUUACAACACCUCACUGUGGACAAGCAAAUCCAAAGAAUACAGGAAGACCACUUUGAACUGACAUUGACACUGAAAGCUCACGACAAUGACCAGUCGUCCAUCGAGUUUCGGCAUCUCGAGUUUUCUACGCCGAUGGAUUUGAUGGGUCAACUCAUGAUGGCUGAUGGAUUCCAGUGUUGGACGCAUACCAGAGAAAUGGAUUUGCAUGGUCGUUUGCCACCCAUUUCGAAAACGGUUGCCUGGUGGACAAAGUUCAACCUUCAAGGCGACUAUGACUUCUUCCAGUACUCAGGUGCACCAGGAGUGAUUCAUUCAAACAGCUACACGUACUUGCGCGAUACACAAGAGACGGCUUUUGUUGGCUCGCUUUCCGAAGAAUCCGGCUACACCUAUUUCAAGGCUGAUUACAAUGCAAACUAUUUUAGAAUCUACAAGGACAUUGAUGGCCUAACGUUAGCAAGUGGCGAAACAUUGACCCUCCGUUUUAUGAUCAUGAGUGUCUCUCAACAGCAGAUGGUGGAAAACAACAACAGCAAUACGAUGGAUCCCCUAUGGCAACGCUAUGCAGCCUACUAUUCUAGUAAUGAGGAAGAGGGAUCACCAGCAUCUCCUCGUCAUCUGACCGGCUGGACUUCCUGGUACAAUUAUUAUGAGCGCGUGACCGAAGCAGACGUGGUCAAGAGUUUGCAAGGCUUCAUCGAACACAAGUAUCCGAUCGACGUUUUCCAGAUCGACGACGGAUACCAACGAGCCGUGGGUGACUGGCUAGACAUUGACACGGAGAAGUUUCCUCGCGGCAUGCACUAUCUAUCCAGCUCAAUCAAAGAAGCGGGCUAUAUUCCUGGUCUAUGGCUUGCGCCCUUUGCUGUUGGAUUUACCAGCAAGAUUGUCAAAGAGCAUCCAGACUGGUUGAUCAAGAACAAGGAUGGAUCGCUGUUGGUAGCUGGACCCAAUUGGGGCGGAUUCUAUGCACUCGACAUGUAUCAUCCAGAAGCACGCGACUACCUGCGCCAUGUCUUUGACACGGUUCUGCAUGACUGGGGCUACGGACUGUUGAAACUUGAUUUCAUCUUCGCAGAAGCCAUGAUUCCACGGCACGGCAAGUCGCGCGGCCAGAUCUUGUGGGAAUCUGUGCAGUUAAUUGACGAACUGACGCAAAAACGAGCGCUUAUUCUUGGAUCUGGCGUACCUUUAGCAGCAACUUGGCAACGGUUCGAAUAUAACCGUGUCAGCAGUGACGCUUCGCCUUUUUGGGACCAUACAGUGCUUCGAUUGUCCAACGUACGUGAGCGUGUAGCUACCAACAAUGCGCUCACCUCCACUUUGCACCGAUGGCCCAUGAAGCAUAUGUUUGGCGUGGAUCCGGACGUGUACUUUUUACGAUCUAACGACAAUAAGCUAACGCCGGACGAGUGUUACACGACAUGCAUGAUCAAUUCAAUUAUCGGCCAUCUCACGCUCAUGUCGGAUGACAUCACUCAGUAUGAUGCCAAUCAGCAUCGUCUUUACGCUUCAACAUUUCCCAAAAUACAACCGGAUAUCCAGCGCAUGAUCCCUAUUGGCCCCAACGCUUACCGUCUUGAUUUCCAAGGCAAUGGCCGUCGUUAUGUUACACUCGUUAAUUUGUCCCCCAUGCCAUUUACCAUGGAUACCCUAAAUGAUGACAACAACAGCGAUAAGGAGAAUAUGUACUACUUUGAGCACAAGAACAUUAUGAUCGCAGGUGGCAAAAACGCAACGCAAUCGCAGCCCGUCGUGGAAUGGGUACAGCAACAGGAUAAAGUGACGCUAAAGCCUCAUGAAACGAGAACGUUCCUGCAAGUAACUGAUCAAUUUGCUGGUUCGUCGGGCCAUAUUGUACCUGGAUGGGAAAUCGAAAGUUGGCAGCAAAAGAGCAGCAACGAUUCGAGUGGGUGCACGAUCCAUAUUACGUUGCGUCAAGGCCGGAUGCCUCACCAACCAUUCGAUAUCUUUAUGCAGAUUCCGCCAGAUGCUGCUGAUGGGCAAGCUCGCCUACCUGCUGUUUUUGUUGAUGACAAGCCUGUCGUUGUUCAGGAACAUCCUGUGGAACUCACUAAAUUGCGACUUGCAAAGAUAACAAUUGAAUGA